CGCGAUGCGACUUUCAAUCACGGCACAAGAGAUUGCGUUUGCCCGCUGAGCACAAACGCCAUCCACCCCAACGCCAUGGGAAAGCGCAAGUCUUCGUCCAGAAAGCCCAUGGGGCCUAAAAGGGCUGAUCCCUUGCCAACUACGUUCACAUGCCUCUUCUGCAACCAUGAGAAGUCUGUCACCGUUAAGCUUGAUAGGAGGGCUGGCGUUGGCCAGCUAGAUUGCCGCAUUUGUGGGCAGAAGUUUCAGUGUGCUGUCAACUACCUCUCGGCCGCGGUCGAUGUAUACGGAGAGUGGGUUGAUGCCGCUGAGGCUGUCGCGAAACAAGACGCUGGAGAAGGCAAUACCGGCAAAUCAUAUGGCGCUCGAAGACCCCUGGAAGGCAAAAAUACUAUUGACGAGCACGAUGAAAUCGACCAGCAUGAUGAUUAUUGAGUGCCUUGCUGUAUAUUUCUACAAAAACAGGCUGGGAUGCUACAGAAUUGGGGAUAUUGACGCAUACUACAUACCAGGGUCUUAUCGGAAAACCCCCCAUCUUCAAAUCGUAUAGAAUCGGUCGCCAAAGUCUCCAAGACCAGGCACAAUGUAACUGCAGCAGGGUCAGGGUCAGCCAAUGCAUCGUGGAGUCAGGAUCAUCAUACUUUUUCUCAUCCAAGCCCUGCGCACGGAUUCUAUUAGUACAGGUCGUUUGAACUAGCGAUCAAAAUAUCAACACUUACCUCAUCAAUGAACGCCGUUACAACUUUGAGGCGAGGGAACUUGGCGGCGAAGCUUGUUAUUCCUUCAGGACUAGCAAUCAGGUUGAGAAACAG